CUGCGACCUGCGACAACUGUGACUGGAACAGUCUGACCGGGCGACGGGGCUAGGAGCAUUUUCAGAAUUUACACUAUUGCCUGCUAUUGCUCCUAUUGCGCAGAUGUCCUAAACUUGUAAACUGCUCCGAAAUGUCACUGCGAUUUUCUUGGAACUGGAGCAGUCACAUACUGCGACGUUGGUGGAGCUGUGACAAAGUAGCGGACUGCGAUUUCACAACCCACCUCUAGAAUUGGAACAAAUUAAAUAAUUAUAAACAGAGUUAUAAAACUUGAUUCGUGUUCUGUGACUUGAUUGUAUGUAUUUUUGUGAUAUAUUUAUAAAAUGAGUUAUUUAAAGUCGCUUAAAUUGGGAACGGUUUUCCUUAAAUUGAACACAAAAUAUUAUAGAAAUAGUACUCAAUUAUUUACUACAUAUAAUAUAAAGUUUAGAAAACAAAAUUUUAGUAACCUUAUCCCGAAUUUUAAAUUUAGAGAAAAGAAUACAUAUUCCAGAAAGUUCAUGUUAUUACUUAUGAUUAUACCUGUUAUACCGGCUCUAUAUUGUUCUAAUUACUAUAAAUGUCUUGUUGUAAGAGCUGAUGAAGAAGUAUUUAAAUCCGUAGAAAACGAUGCUGAGGAAAUCACAGAAGAUUUAAAAAAGAAAAAAAUGAAAAAAGAUAAAAUUGGAUUUAGAGAUAGAAAGAUUAUAGAAUAUGAAAACCGUAUGAGAGCUUAUUCAACUCCAGACAAAAUAUUUAGGUAUUUUGCAACAAUUAAGUUAUCUCAUGGAGAGAACCAUGAGGUAUAUAUGACACCAGUUGAUUUUUUACGGGCUAUUACUCCAGGAAUGAAACAGCCUGAUGAUCAUAGAGUAUGAAAACCGUAUCAGACACUAUUCUACUCCAGAUAAAGUAUUCCGUUAUUUUGCUACGUUGCAAGUUCAAGGCCCUGGUGUUGAUCUACAUGAAAUUUAUAUGACACCCGAUGACUUUUUACGGUCCAUGACACCCGGAUUAAAACAACCUGAUGGUUUGGGCCUUGAUCAAUAUAAACGAUAUGAUCCGAAAACAGUUCAACAAAAACUUGAUUUAAUUUUGGAUGAAGACAGUAUAUUUUACAAGUUGGGUAGCUCUGGUUUGAUUACCUUUUCUGAUUAUAUUUUUCUCUUGACAGUUCUAUCGACUUCCCGUCGGCAUUUUGAAAUUGCUUUUAGAAUGUUUGACCUAAAUGGAGAUGGGGAUGUUGAUUGUGAAGAAUUUGAAAAGGUAGCGACACUUAUUAGACAUCAGACUAGUAUAGGUUCCAGACAUCGGGACCAUGCUAAUACAGGAAACACUUUUAAAGGUGUAAAUUCCGCCUUAACAACUUAUUUCUUUGGUCCUACACUUAAAGAGAAAUUAACUAUUGAGAAGUUCCUGGAUUUUCAAGAAAAGUUACAGAAGGAGAUUCUCAGUCUCGAAUUUCAACGCAAAACACCUGAUCAUAAUGUUAAAAUAACAGAGACGGAUUUUACAGAAUUGCUUUUAGCUUAUGCUGGUUAUCCACAAAAGAAAAAGAUGCGAAUGCUGAAGAGGGUCAAAAAAACUUUCAGGGAUUCUGAAGGAAUAUCUAAAGAAGACUAUUUAAACUUUUUCCAUUUCUUGAAUAACAUUAAUGAUGUGGAUACUGCCUUGACAUUUUAUCACAUUGCAGGGGCAUCCAUUGAUCAGACUACUCUGAAACAUGUAGCCAAAACAGUAGCCCAUGUCGACUUGAGUGAUCACGUUAUUCAUGUCGUUUUUACCAUAUUUGAUGAAAACCAUGAUGGUCAACUUAGUAAUAAAGAAUUUAUUGCUGUUAUGAAGAACAGAUUACUCCGUGGAUUGGAGAAACCUAAGGACACAGGAUUUAUUAAGUUUAUGUAUACCGUGUGGAAAUGUGCCAAGGAAACAAAGCCUGCUUUGUUAGAAAUUUAAUUUAAAAUAAUUUUUAAAAAUAUGAACGCUGAUUAGUGCCUAUUCUGUUUGAUUCUCUAUUUGUAAACAUGAUUUUUUAGAAAUUAAAUCGUUUAUGUUAUUGUGCAUC